AUGCCUGCGACACCACCAUCCACGACAGACGACUGGUGGUGCGACAUGAACACAGAAUACGCAUUCGUUGGAUUCAGCUAUGAGGUUACGGCUUGUCAAGACUUGAACCAGCUUCAAACUGAGUUCACGGACAUUCGACAAAGGUUCAAUGGUCGCUAUGUCCGCAUGUAUGGGGCUUGCGAUAGGGAUGGGUUCUACGACGAUGUUAUAACUGCAGCCUGGGGAGCUGGCCUAGGUGUACACGCUCUUAUCUGGUUCGGAUUUGACGGUGACAACAUUUGGGAAGCUCGUCGUGACACUCUCUUUGCAACGCUACACGCGAAUCCCAAGGCCAAGUUCGUCACGCGAGCGGUCCAGUUUGGCUCGGAGCCCCUCUAUGAUAAUGUUCUUUCAGAGGAGGAUCUCGCUGCUCAGGUGUUGGCUGCCAAAAACAAUCUAUCGAGCUUGGGUAUACCUGUUACUGUCUCGGACAUGGCGUACGGAUAUCAGGAACGCGGCGGCGCGAAGGACGUUCUUAACGCCAUUGAUUUAAUUGAUGCACACAUGCUGCCUUUCUUUUCCCAGCAAGCUUCGACUGCGAGCGCGUCCUGGCCUAUCGUUCUGAACGACUUGAACUGGUUCGUUAAUAAUGGUGAAGGAAAGAAAAUCUACCUGUCCGAGAACGGCUGGCCAUCGGUCACGUCCGAAGGUGUACAACCUAACAGCCCUAAUGCAGUAGCUGAUGUUCAAAAUGAAUUGGAUUAUUAUAAGCUUCUCGAUUCGAUGUGCUCUUACUUCAAAGCAGUUCAGGGUGGUGGCGUCGGAUGGUUCGCGCACAUCUAUUCUGAUGCACAAGAACCGGGAUAUGGCAUUUAUGAUGACAACGGAAAUGUCAAAUUUGAUUUUAGUCCUGCUACGUCUUGUUAG